ACCCGCUGGUUGGGUUUGCGCAGGCUCCCACGGAAGUGGGCCGCAGGAAGCGGAAGUCCCGCCUUUCUCGCUCUCUCUUCAGAAGCUGAAGCAACGCGGAGGAGGCAGGAGUGAUUUGAGAGCGCGGCAGCCACCACCACCAUGAGCCUCCUCAAUAAGCCCAAGAGUGAGAUGACCCCAGAGGAGCUGCAGAAGCGGGAGGAAGAGGAGUUUAACACGGGUCCACUCUCUGUGCUCACACAGUCGGUCAAGAACAACACUCAAGUGCUCAUCAACUGCCGCAACAACAAGAAGCUCCUGGGCCGGGUGAAGGCCUUUGACAGGCACUGCAACAUGGUGCUGGAGAAUGUGAAGGAGAUGUGGACCGAGGUCCCCAAGAGUGGCAAGGGCAAGAAGAAGUCCAAGCCAGUCAACAAGGACCGCUACAUCUCCAAGAUGUUCCUGCGCGGGGACUCGGUCAUUGUGGUCCUGCGGAACCCACUCAUCGCUGGCAAGUAGGGGCCGCCUCCUUGCUGGCAGAACUUGUCCUCUCAUUUUGCAAACACCUGCCCUUUGUGAUGGAAAUAAUAAAGUCCUCUGUUUUUUCUA